UCCUUUUUCUUCUUUCUUCAACCUUUCUUUUCUUCUUCUUCUUUGUGUUUUUUUUGACUUAUUCUAUUCUUCUUCUUCUCUUAUCUCUAAUCAAAGAUUGGAACUAAACCAAAUAGCAAGGGAAGAGAGAAACGAGAUCAAGAUGGGGGAGAAAGAAGCGAGGGUGAGAAUUCAAAUGAAGGAAAAAUUCAAAGAAAAAACUAUAAAAUUGACGAGAAAGAAGCUAGAGGAAGAAACGAGAUGAAGAAUUCAAAUGAAGAAAAAAACUCAAAGGAAAAAAACUAAAAAAUUGACGAGGAAGAAGUGGGAGGAAUAAGCUAGAGGAAGAAGUGAGAGGAAGAAUUCAAAUGAAAGAAAAAAAAACUCAAAAAAAAAAAUUGAUGAGGAAUAAGCGAGAGGAAGAAACAAGAGGAAGAAUUCAAAAGAAGGGAAAAAAUCAAAGAAAAAAAUGAAGGAAAACAACGUGAAUCGGAGAACGAGAUGAAGGAGCGAGAGGAAUGAGAGGAGAGAGCGAUGUUUGAAGUUAAAACGAUACUUUCAUUUACAAUUAAUGUAAACAAAAGGUCAAAGUUCGAACGUUUUUUAAAGUGAUAUCAAAUUUCGAGUGGACAACUAAAAAGUGACGAUGCUUACCAGAAACCUAAACAUGGCCAUACAAAUUUUCCACCAAAUUUCGAGUGGCACUUGAAUAGGAACUAUCUGUACAAAUUUCCUUUCUUUCUUGACUUUGCUCGCAACAGCUAUUGACCUGCAAAGUUGACUGAAAUAUUCAAACCCUUCCGGGUCGUCUUCCUCCUUUCACCAUGGAGAGACUGCACUUCUCCACAAACGGAGUUUUCCAUUUACUCAGAGCCAAAGAACUCCAAAAAUGGCUGAUUUCAUCUGGACAUUCGCAGUGCAAGAGAUUCUCAAGAAGACAUUGCACCUUACAACCGAGCAAAUUCAUCUGGCCUGGGGUUUCAACCCGGAGCUCUCUAAGCUUCGCACCUCUCUGCUUCUCGUCGAAGCUAUUCUUCGCGAUGUCGAUCGAACAAAAUCCGAUCGAGAAUCGGUCAAGAUGUGGGUGGCUAAGCUUCAGGAUUUAGCGCUCGAUGCUGAAGUUGUACUGGACGAGCUCUCCUACGAGAAUCUUAGGCGGGAAAUGGACGUCAAUGGAGAUUCUAAGAAAAGGGUACGCGAUUUCUUCUCGUUCUCUAACUCUUUGGUUUUUAGGUUUAAAAUGGCACGCAAAAUUAGAACUAUCACCCAAGUUUUGAAUGAGAUCAAAGGGGAGGCGAGUGCUGUGGGGGUUAUUCCUGAUGUGAGGAAUGGGUAUAGAGAGCCUGAUAAUGGCCAAAUUCCUGAGACUGACUCAUUUCUUGAUGAGUUUGAAGUUGUAGGAAGAGGGGUUGAUAUAUCAAGAAUAGUGAAUAUAGUUGUUGAUAGUGCUACUCAUGAAAGGAUCACUGUGAUUCCUAUUGUAGGCAUGGGUGGUCUUGGAAAGACUACGGUGGCAAAAGCAGUCUUCAACCAUGAGUUUGUGAAAGCACAUUUUGAUGAAACUAUUUGGGUGUGUGUGACUGCGACUUUUGAUGACAAGAAGAUUUUAAGAGCAAUUUUGGAAUCUCUAACGAAUGUUCCAAGUGGUUUGGAUAGUAUGGAUGCUAUACUUAGAAGGCUACAAAAGAAGCUGGAAGGGAAAAGGUAUUUUCUUGUGCUGGAUGAUGUGUGGAAUGAAAAUGUUAAACUAUGGAACAAUUUGAAGAGUCUUCUGCUAAAGAUUACAAAUAGUAUUGGGAACCGAGUUCUUGUGACAACUAGAAGUGAGGAAGCUGGAAAAAUCAUGGAGACAUUUCCCAUUUAUCAUUUAGAAAAGUUAUCAGAUGAUGAAUGCUGGUCAAUAUUCAAGGAAAGAGUAUCUGCAAGUGGACUAACAUUGAUUCAAGAAUUCGAAACUUUUAAGAAUAAACUUGCAAAGCAGUUUGGAGGCAUUCCAUUGGUUGCAAAAGUCUUGGGAGGGGCUGCACUAUUUACGCAAAGAACAGAGACUUGGUUAAUGUCGACAUUGGAAACCCUUGUAAUGAAUCCACUUCAAAAUGAAAAUGAUGUUUUGUCUAUUUUGAGAUUAAGCGUGGAUCAUCUGCCAAACCCGUCAUUGAAACAAUGCUUUGCCUAUUUUUCAAAUUUUCCCAAGGGUUUUAACUUUGAAAAGGAACAACUAAUCCAAUUUUGGAUGGCUGAAGGGUUCAUUCAACCUUCUGAUAAAGUAAGCCCUGAAACCAUGGAAGAUAUAGGAGAGAAAUACUUCAAUAUCUUGCUGGCUCGUUCCUUAUUUCAAGAUAUUGUUAAAGAUGAGAAUGGUAAAAUUACACACUUUAAGAUGCAUCAUCUUCUACAUGAUCUUGCUUAUUCUGUCUCAAAAUGUGAAGCAUUGGGAUCAGAUCUUAUUGGUCUAGUUGACGAUGUUCCUCGAAUUCGGCAAUUAUCCUUGAUUGGCUACGAGCAAAAUGUAACUUUGCCCCCUAGAAGGAGCAUGGAGAAGUUGCGUUCUCUAUUUUUGGAUAGAGAUGUGUUUGGCCAGCAGAUUUUAAAUUUCAAGCAUUUGCGUGUUCUGAACAUGUCCCUAUGUGAAAUCCAUUACUUACCAACUUCAAUUGGAAGGUUAAAGCAUCUAAGGUAUCUUGAUGUUUCAAAUAAUAUGAUAAAGAAACUUCCAAAAUCUAUUGUUAAGCUUUACAAAUUGCAGACCUUGAGGCUUGGUUGUUUCUGUGGAGAAUCCCCCAAGAAAUUCAGAAAAUUGAUCAGCUUGAGACAUUUCUAUAUGAAUGUUAAAAGACCAACAACUCGGCACAUGCCUUCAUAUUUAGGUAGGUUGGUUGAUCUUCAGUCCAUGCCUUUUUUUGUUGUUGGAACGAAGAAGGGUUCCCAUAUAGAAGAGCUUGGAUACUUGAGAAAUCUCAGAGGUAAAUUAAAGCUUUACAAUCUUGAAUUAGUAAGAAAUAAGGAGGAAGCCAUGGGGGCAGAGUUGGUGAAAAAAGAUAAGGUAUACAAAUUGAAACUGGUAUGGAAUGAUCAAAGAGAAGUUAAUGAUAACCAUGACAUUUCUGUUUUAGAAGGACUUCAACCACACAGAAAUCUUCAAUACUUGACAGUUGAAGCCUUUAUGGGAGAACUUUUACCAAAUCUUACUUUUGUUGAAAAUUUGGUGAAGAUUUCUCUAAAAAAUUGCAGCCGAUGUUGUAGAAUUCCAACAUUAGGACAUUUGCCCAAUCUUAAGGUUCUUGAGAUUUAUGGAUUACACAAUCUAAAACGUAUAGGGAUGGAAUUCUAUGGGAAUGAAUAUGAAUCGAGAAAUUUGUUUCCAAAACUGAAAAGAUUUCAUCUUUUAGACAUGGAGAAUCUAGUACGUUGGGAUGAAGCAGCAGUGCCAUCAGAAGUUGCAGUUUUUCCUUGCCUUGAAGAGUUGAAAAUUCUCGACUGUCCUAGAUUGGAAAUUGCUCCCGAUUACUUCUCAACUCUCAGGACAUUAGAAAUUGAUGAUGUCAACAAUCCAAUUUCGCAGAUUACUCUUCAGACAUUUAAGCUACUUGGCAUUAUACACUCUGGCAACCUGAGUGGUUUGCCCGAGGAGCUACGUGGUAAUCUUUCAUCUCUUGAGGAGUUUAAGGUUUGGUAUUACCUUCACUUGAAAUCCUUUCCAACCAUUGAGUGGCUCACUGAUAUUCUGAAAUGCAAGAUCGGAUUUGACACAAGAUGGAUAAAUAUACAAUCUCAUGAGCUAGAAUCAUACACUUCUGUGAAUGAAUUAUCUAUUACUGGCCACCCUGACCUCAUAUCAACCCCAGAUAUAAAAGCAUUUUAUAAUCUUUCGUCUUUAACAAUUAGUGGCUUAAAGAAUUUGCCAAAAGGAUUUCACUGCCUCACUUGCCUGAAAAGUUUGUCAGUUGGAGGAUUCAUGGAGGGGUUUGAUUUUAGGCCUCUUUUGCAUCUCAAGUCUCUUGAAAAUCUUGCAAUGAUAGACUUUGGUAGUACAGAAAGCACACUUCCUGACGAGCUUCAACACCUAACUGGCUUAAAGCACUUGAAAAUUGUUGGAUUUCAAGGCAUUGAAUCUCUGCCAGAGUGGUUAGGAAAUCUUACCUCAUUGGAAAGUUUGCACCUUGAGGGUUGCAGAAAAUUGAGAGAGCUUCCAGAAGCCAUGAGAUGCCUCGCCAAAUUGGAGGAACUGCACAGUUUCAAUUGCCAAGAGCUGAGGCUUCGCCAAGAAGAGCCAGAAUGGGAUAAAAUUUCUCACAUUCCAAGAUUCAUAUCAUUCAAUUAUUGGGUUGAUGAGAACCAACAAAGGAUUCAGUUCAAAGUCUGCCACAAACCUAGCUAAUGACCAAUUGUCAUGAAUGAAGCAUGGGCAACAGUACAUUUUGAACUGAUUAAUUGAAGCAAUGAAGCACAUACAAAGUCUUUAUACUGAUUAAUUGAACCAACGGACCAUUGGACAUGGAAACUCAACUAUACUGGUUUCAAUACAAAGUCUUUAUACUCUUCCCUCAUGUCCAACCCGCACUCAUCUUCGGCCAUCUUUUGCAGAAAAUUGUGGAGUUGUCCUUGCCCGAAGAGAGUUAAAUUCUUCCUUUGGAAAAUCACAAAUUCAUGUCUAAACACUAUGGACAGGUUAUAGAAACGUUACCCAUGGAUCAACUUAUCUCCCUCCUGGUGCAGCCUUUGUCGAAUAAACAAUGAAACUGUUUAGCAUGUUUUCUUUGGCUCCCCCUUUUCUAGAGGGAUAUGGAUGGAAGUUUUUUCUGCCUUCGACUGGUCUGUGGCUUUUCCAAAUGACUUAUAAAGUUGGCUUCACCUACUAAUUAGUUAGACUCCUUUCAAAGUUGUCAAAGAAUGUCUCUGGUUAAGCAUCAUUUGUGCUGUUUUGUGAAAGAUAUGAGAUGAAAGAAAUGCUAGAAUCUUCCAAGACAAGGCCAAGACAACAAAGGACAUUCUUGAUACCAUCAUUUACAAUGCUUUUUUUGUGUGCAAAGAUUUACAGGCUAUACACAGUCAUAGUUUUUCUUGUUGCAAAUUGGAAACACCUUUUGCAAUCCCUAUGAAUGGGUUUUUUUGUAUACCCUAUGAUUGGGGUCCUCAUGUACCUUUAGAUAUCUUUGGAUAUUUCAUUUAAUCAAUGAAAUUGUUUCUUAUAAAAGAGAAAAAAAAAAGCAACAAAACACUUACAUCA